CGGUUUUGUCGCAUAUGUUAUUGACAUUUGACAUUGGCAAUAGUUCUCUAAACAAGGCAAUUUGAUUUUCAACACAAUAAAUUAAGUGCAAAUAUCAAUAAAAAAAAAAUAAUGUUAAGUGGAUUUAUUUUAUUAAUAUUAUUUCGAAGCUAUUUUUGUUACAAUGAUGUGGUACCGUUUCAAAACGCGACACAAAAACAAUUUAUAUACAAUAAUACGUAUGAAUAUGACUCCAUAAUAGAUUUGACUGUGAACGAAACGACUACCCAUAUAUUAGACUUCAAUGAGCAAUCCAAUCUUAUGUCUGUGUUUCCGACGCGCGUUCACGUCAGCUCAAAUGACACUCUCGAUGUAUCCUACCCUCUAUUCGUGACUGCUACUCAACAAAAAGGAGUAUCAUCAUGGGAGCUACCUUUGGUAGUCAGUACUAAGCAGGCGGUGCUGAAGUUCAAUGACAUGGCUCGGACUCUCUGUCCACACGACGCGGGACCUAAUGUAACGUCUCAAGGGCGUCCCACUUUGACGUUGGCGACAUCGAGCCCUUCAAAUGUAUCGGUUCGGAUAAAACUUCGUCGCGUUGAAGAUUUCUUCAUUGAAGUAAAUAAGGACGUUAAACUAAACGUGACGCCAAGCACCCCAAAGUAUUAUUACUUUUCGUUCGACCGAGACCCGUGGAAACAUUUGGAGACGAAACAUCCUCAACGUUUCCCUCGCUUUAACUACACAAUACCGAAGAGCGUGCUGUUAGAAAUAAACUCCAACGAUCACGUGUGCGCGACUGUGUCUAUACAGAACAACUCGUGUCCUGUUUUUGACAAUGAGAAGGAUAUGAUGUAUCAAGGUCACCACUUCACGAUGACCACGAAGGGUGGUAUAACUGUGACGCAAUCGAUGUUCCCUCGCGGUUUCUACAUAGUGUUCAUAGUGAAGGAGAGCGACGAGGAGUGCACCGGCAUCAGCGGCGACCACAGUGCGGGCUCCGACAAGCGCACUAAGAAUUUUAGCUUCCGCGUGAUGGCGGCGGCGGCCCCGGCGGACUACCUGACGUUGGUGCUGGUGUCGCUGGCGCUGCCGGCGCUCGUGGCGCUGCUGGCGCCCACCAUCAUGAUGCCCACCUGCCGCGCCCGUCGGACGAUUGAAGUUGAAGAAGCUCCCGGACCUUCCGGCGUCCAAGACCCUCGCACCUCGGAGACCGCAAGAAUCAUCGGCAGGAGUAGUAAUCAGUCAGAUUCUGAUAUAGAUUCUGAACCGGAUUUAGAUGACAAGUCUCUUCCGAUACCUCUGAACGUGGCGAGGUUGAGUCGAACGCGACCUCUGGCGCACAACCGUCGAUCAAAUAGGUACUUUUGGAGUGCUCUCACGGUAGCGGUAGUGUACGCGCUGCCCGUUGUACAACUACUGUUCACUUAUCAACGGAUGGUGCUGCAGACGGGCGACCAGGACGUGUGCUACUACAACUUCCUGUGCGCGCUGCCGCUGGGCGCGCUGCAGGACUUCAACCACGUGUUCUCCAACGUGGGCUACGUGCUGCUCGGCCUGGCCUUCAUGCUGCAGGUGCGCUGCCGCCCGCCCAGCGACGAGCUCCAGGAGCUGGGUAUCCCUGAACACCGCGGUCUGAUGUAUUCCAUGGGGUUGGCGCUGAUUAUGGAAGGCUUGCUGUCCGCGUGCUACCAUCUCUGCCCCAAUAAGAUGAAUUUCCAGUUUGACUCGUCGUUCAUGUACGUGAUAGCGGUGCUGUGCAUCGUGAAGCUGUACCAGAGCCGGCACGCGGACGUGAACGCCAGCGCGCACGCCACCUUCAUGCUGCUGGCCGUCCUCAUGGCGAUCGGAGUCUUCGGUAUAGUGUACCCGAAUCUGUAUUUUUGGACAUUCUUCACGAUUGGACAUUUAGCCGUCUGCUUCUUCUUAACGCUUAAGAUAUAUUAUGUUGGAAGAAUGAAAAUAGGUAGUUCUAUGGUGAAGCGAGCGUGGGGGGAGAUGAGACGCACGGGGCGCUCCGCCUUCAGACCGAAGUACCCCGCGCGGGCGGUGUUCUUGGCGCUCGCGAACUUGGCCAACUGGGCCUUGGCUGGAUACGGCAUGUACUCGCACAAUGCGGACUUCGCGCGGCACCUGCUGGCCGCGCUGCUGGGCAACGCCAUCCUGUACACGCUGGCCUACGUGGUGCUGAAGCUGGCGCACGGCGAGCGCGUGUGCGCGCGCACGUGGGGCUGGCUGCUGCUGGCCGCCGCGCUGUGGGCGCUGGCCGCCGCGCUGUUCCUGCGCGCGCGCACCAAGUGGUCGCAAACCGCGGCGCAGUCGCGCACGUACAACGCGCAGUGCACCGCGCUGCAGUCGCUGGACACGCACGACCUGUGGCACCUCUCGUCCGCGGCCGCCAUCUUCUCGUCCUUCAACGCGCUGCUGAUCAUCGACGACCCGCUCGCCGCAACCCCGAGGAUCGAAAUUCCCGUGUUUUAGGCCCUAGCAUCGGUUAAUACCUAAUUUUACAGGUGGUAGAACUUUGUGCUCCUCUAAAUUAGUCACUCAUUCUCCCCUAAACCGAUGUAUUUCAUUUGUGUUUGUGAGAAAUGAAGUCAGUGUGAAUUUUGCUAGGGAUAUGAGGUCUUCGAUCAAAUGGCUAGUGCAUGGGCUGUCUGAGAGCCUUAAAAUACUAAUGGUAAGUACCACCAUACCAAAAUAAAAAAAUAUCAAUAAUUUAAGUAGAAUCUGUUAGAAUACACAUUGUAAUACUAAUAUAAUACUUAUCUAGAUAACAUUUACUUGGUGGCAGGGCUUUGUGUCCGUCUGGGUAGGUACCACCCACUCAUUAGAUGUUCUACCGCCAUACAGCAGUACUUAGAAUUGUUGUAUUCCGGUUUGCAAGGUGAGUGAGCCAGUGUAAGUCCCAAGAUCGGUACCGUAUUGACGAUGUAACGAAUGGUUAAUAUUUCUGUGUGGUUGAAUAGGCUAAUCUAAUUUGUAUAACUAUUUUUGCAUUUGAAAGUUCGUUUACAGAGCAAGAUUAUAAGUUCUGUAAAUUUACGAUACGACAUUUAGAAGCAGUGCAUAAACUGAAACGUCACACAAUUUGACAAACGGCAUGUAGACUUCAUGACGUUACCCGCCAAAGUUAACUCGGGACGCCCCCUCUGGAUGACGUAAAAACUCAGUGUUACCUGAAAAAAAAAUAUGUUGAUUACUAUUGCAAAUGAUAAAAAUGAUUUUUUGGGUUGGGUGCUUAAUGACAUAAAUAAAUGUGUAUUAAAAUAAAGUUUCGUUCGGAAACGUCGGUAGUCAUGGAUAUUACUUAUUACACCCUAAAUAAUUAUAAUAAAAAAAUAUUCAAUAGUAAAUAAAUUAAAAUAUGAUUUUGUAUCGAUCAAUCGAACUAAAUGUUAGUAUUUAAUUUACUGAUACUAUUUAAGCACAU